UUGAACUGCCCAGCAGCGAAUAAAUUAAGGAGAGAUCGCCAAUCUUUCUCGUUUGCUUUGAAUUUCCAAAAGCAAGCAAUAUGGAGAUGAGAAGGAUUGUAUGCGUAGUCAUCGUCGCCGUAGCAUCUGCCACCUCUGCCAUGGCAGCCGAGGCUCCUGCACCGGGCCCAGCCAGCGCUUCAUUGGCAGUAAGUCCUGCGGUGGAAGCCAUCCUCGGGGCCUCACUUCUCUCCUUCUUUGCCUUCUACUUGAAGUAACUCGGUUCUGGAUGCAAUUUGAUGAUCGAUAUGCAGCGACUUGGUCUCUCAAUUAGAAGAAAGAAACAAAAUAUUCGAUCGUUACAUAAUCGCUCCUUGUUCACAUUGCAUGAGAUAUCUACCCUUAGUGUGCCAUUGUUCUUCUGAUGGUUUCAUGUUUCCUAAUUCUAAAAAUGACAAUCAAGGUCCUGUGUUGAUGUUUGAUU